AUGUCACGCGGUAAAUCGAUAUUUGAGCAUAUCGAACAUUCCGAUACAACGGGCAGUGCCGUCUUCAGUUCAAAAGAUAUGCAGAGUAUGCAUCAAUCAUUGAACAGCGAAUUCAUACUGUAUCAACUUAUUGUCAAAGAAUUACUAACGGAAGUGAAAUCUGCCCCCAGAUCAGGACUUCUUGACCAUUUUAAACCGGAAGAUAAAAUCGACCAAGAAGUUAUGGUCGAAUUCGAUACUAAAUAUGAUAAAAGUAAGGCCAUUAAUUGGUAUACACGCGAUACAUGUAUUUAUCGGUUAAUUAAUAAAGCUUUGCGAACACAAAGUAUAUCGGAUAUAUUCGUUUUCCGCUCAUUUAUUCGUGAUCUGUUUUCGCAAUUGUCACAUGAACAUAUGGUAUUUACAAAAAAGCGCGGAUUAUCGAUCAUUCAAGUCUAUCGGGGACAACUUAUAAGUAAAGAAGAAGUGCUUCGAAUGAAACAUGCUAAAGGUCAAUUGGUCUCAAUGAAUUCAUUUUUGUCAACAAGUACAAAUCGAAAAAAAGCCAUAGAAUUUGCUGUCAGUAAAAUGCCACCUUCAGAUACACUAACAACUAUCUUACUGGAAAUCGAUGUCGUUACAGAAUUUUCGAAUCAACGUUAUGCCGAUAUCAAACAUCUAAGUGCAUUUGCCAAAGAAGAAGAAAUUCUUUUUAUGCUCGGCUGUAUUUUCCGUAUUGAUAAUAUUUGGAUAGAUAAAGAACUGAAACUGUGGAGAGCGUCAUUGACACUGUGUGGUGAUUACGAUGAGGAUCUCGCAGAAUUCACAUCCACAUUAGAAAAGCAAUUAGAGGGGAAAAAUCAGACAGUAUCACUCGGUACUUAUCUGUUUCAAAUGCAAAAAUUCGACGAAGCCGAAACAUACUAUCAGAAGAUAUUGAAUAAUAAAUCAAUUUUCAGUGAAUUAGAUCUGGCGUUAUGUCAUCAUGGGCUUGCUCAAGUAAAUAACAAGAAGGGUGAUGAUGAUUUAGCUAUAGUAAAUCUCAACAUAGCACUAGAUUAUUUAUUAAAACAUCCUACAACAAAAGAUCAUCCUCUCGUUUCACAAAGUUACAAUGAUUGUGGAUCUAUUCAUUGUCAUCAAAAUGAUCAUUCACUUGCUUUCAUCCAUUAUGAGAAAGCAUUAAAAACAAAAAAUAAUAACGCCUCAAUAACUUAUUCUGGUCUAGCACAAGUUCAGUUCCAAAUGGGUAAUUAUCAACUUGCAUUAGAGUAUCAGUACAAGUGCCUCGAAAAACAACCAAAAGCAGCGCAUUCAUUGAUUGCAAACACAUAUAUCGAUAUCGGUAAAAUCUAUACAGCAAUGAACGAGCAUGAAAAAGCAUCGAACAUGUUCGAUCAAGCCAUAAAACUUCAAUUAAAAGUACUGCCGCCAGAUCAUCCUGAUCUUGGAUACACUUACAGCGCUCUGGGACUAGCGUAUUCAGACCUUGGUCAAGAAGAAAAAGCAUUUAAAUACGUUCAAAAGGCAUUUCAGUUACAGACGGAAUCACUUCCGCAAAAUCAUCCUGAUUUCGGGCAAACUUAUAAAACUUUUGGCAAUCUCUACCUGAAGAUACGUGAUUUUGAUCAAGCAUUAACUUAUUUUCACAAACUGCUUGAGCACCAACUAAAAACACUGUCAUCGAAACAUCCUUUAGUGGCCGAUACGUACGUCAUCAUCGGAAAUGUUUGCAUGGAAAAACAGGACUUUGAUGAAGCGUUAAUCUAUUUCCAUAAAUUACUUGAUAGUCAGAUUACAAGAAAGCGAUUCGGUGACCCAUCAUUAACGAAUACUUACAAAAUUCUCGAAAAUAUUUAUUUGGAAAAACAGGAUUUGGAUCAAGCAUCAAUCCAUACUCAGAAAUUACUGGAUAACGAACUGCAAAGAAAACUAUUGGAGGAUCCAUCGUUAGCCGAUACGUACAAAACCAUUGGAAAUAUUUACUUGAAAAAACGUAAUUUUGACCAGGCAUUAAUCUACUUUAACCGGUUGCUUGAUUGUCAGAUGCAAAAAAAACCAUUGGAAGAGUCAUCAGUGGCUGAUACGUACAAAAUCAUCGGAAAUAUUUACUUACAAAAACGUCAUUAUGACCAAACAUUACUUCACUUUCAUAAAUUGCUUGAUAAUGGGCCACAAAGAAAGUCUUUGACAGAUGCUUCGUUGGCCGAUAGACAACUAAUCAUUGGGAAUCUUCACUUUGAAAACCGCCAUUUGGAUCAAGCAAUUAGCUAUUAUCGUAAACUGCUUGAUACACAACUAGAAACACUGUCAUGGAAACAUCCUUCAGUGGCCGAUACGUACACCAUCAUCGGAAAUGUUUGCUUGGAGAAGCGGGACUUUGAUCAAGCGUUAAUCUAUUUCCAUAAAUUGCUUGAUAGUCAGCUUAAAAGAAAGCGACCCGGUGACCCAUCAUUUACGAAUACUUACAAAAUUCUCGGAAAUAUUUAUUUGGAAAAACGGGAUUUGGAUCAAGCAUUACUCUAUUUUCAUAAACUACUGGAUAACAAACUACAAAGAAUACCAUUAGAUGACCCAUCAUUAGUCGAUACAUACAAAACCAUUGGAAAUAUCUACUUUGAAAAACAUAAUUUGGAUGAGGCAUUAAUCUACUUUAACCGGUUGCUUAAUUCUCAACUAAAAAGAGAGCCAUUGGAAGAGUCAUCAGUGGAUGCUACGUACAAAAUCAUCGGAAAUAUUUACUUACAAAAAUGUCGUUAUGACCAAACAUUACUUCACUCUCAUAAAUUGGCUGAUAAGAAAUCACAGAGAAAGUUUUUGACAGAUCCUUCGCUGACCAGUACGCAAACAGUCAUUGGAAAUGGACAAUUUGAAAACCGUCAUCCGGAUCAAGCAAUUAGCUAUUAUCGUAAACUGCUUCAUACCCAGCUAGAAACACUACCGUGGAGCCAUCCGUCGGUGGCGGAUACGUACAUCAUCAUCGGAAAUGUUUACUUGGAAAAGCGAGACUUUGAUCAAGCAUUAAUCUAUUUCCAUAAAUUGCUUGAUAGUCAGACUGAAAGAAAGCCACUUGGUGACCCAUCGUUAAAUAAUACUUGCAAAAUUCUUGGAAGUAUUUAUUUGGAAAAACAGGAUUUGGAUCAAGCAUUACUCUAUUUUCAUAAAUUACUGGAUAACAAGCUACAAACAAAACUAUUGGAGGAUCCAUCUUUAGUCAAUACAUACAAAACACUUGGAAAUAUUUACUUGGAAAAGCGUAAUUUUGAACAAGCACUGAUAUAUUUUAACCGAUUGCUAGAUUGCAGACUGCAAAAAAAGCCAUUGAAAGAGUCAUCAGUGGCUGAUACGUACAAAAUCAUCGGAAAUAUUUACUUACAAAAACGUCGUUACGGCCAAACUUUACUUCACUUUCAUAAAUUGCUUGAUAAUGGGCCACAAAGAAAGUCUUUGACAAAUACUUCCUUGGCUGAUACGCAGACAAUCAUUGGGAAUGUUCACUUUGAAAACCGCCAUUUGGAUCAAGCAAUUAGCUAUUUCUGUAAAUUGCUUGAUACACAACUAGAAACACUGUCAUGGAAACAUCCUUCAGUGGCCGAUACGUACACCAUCAUCGGACAUGUUUGCUUGGAGAAGCGGGACUUUGAUCUAGCGUUAAUCUAUUUUCAUAAGUUACUGAAUAAUGAACUACAAAGAAUACCAUUGGAACACCCAUCAUUAGCCGAUACGUACGAAAUCAUUGGAAAUAUCUACUUUGAAAAACGUAAUCUCGAUAAAGCAUUCAUCUACUUUAGCCGAUUGCUUGAUUGUCAACUACAAAGAGAGCCAUUGGACGAGUCAUCAGUGGCUGACACAUACAAAAUGAUUGGAAAUAUUUACUUAAGAAAACGCCAUUUUGACGAAAGACUAGAGCAUUUGGACAAUAUGUUUGAUAGUCGGUCACUGACAAACAAAUCGUUGACAGAUGGCCACAAAGUCGUCCACAAUGCGCACUUUGUAAAACGACAUUUGGAUCAAGCAAUUAAAUAUUAUCGUAAAUUGCUUGAUAACCAGCUAGAAACACUGUCAUGGAAUCAUCCAUCGAUGGCUGAUACUUGCACAAUCAUCGGAAAUAUGUACUUGGGAAAAGGGGAUUUUAACCAUGCAUUAAUCUAUUUUCACGAAUUACUUAAAAAGCAACUUCGAAGCAAGCCUUUGGGAGAUGCGUUGUCAGCCAAUACCUACGUAAUCAUCGGGGAUAUUUAUUCCGAAAUAGGUCAUUUUGAUGAUGCAUUAAGAAACUAUGAACAAUCAGUGCAUAUUUACGAACGAACAUACUCAGCGAAGCACGCUACAAUUCGAAACAUUAGACAGAAGAUACUGUUACAUGCGUUACUGUCCUCAGACACCAUGUAA